CGUUGAGUUAAACCUCAGAUAAUCUUUAAUACUAGUAUUCCUUCACCUACUACUACAAUCCAACAAUUUUCCAUGUCAGCACUAAUCGAUUCAUGUGUGUCUGUCUGUCCCUAUAUAUCUUUGUCUAUGUUUUAGGUUGGAUUACUAUUUUUACUGUUAUACUGUGAUCAAUCAAGAAUGGCGUUACAGAGGAAAUUACUAAAAGGAAUUGCCAAAUAUAGGUGCUUGAGAUACUUUUCCGGUCAACCGGUGGUGGCGCCGCCCGAACUGCCGCCGUUUGACUACCAGCCAAAGCCGUAUAAAGGGCCUUUGGCUGAUGAGGUUUUGGAGAAAAGAAAGAAGUUUUUGGGUCCUUCCCUCUUCUACUACUACCAAAAACCUCUAAAUAUUGUUGAGGGGAAGAUGCAAUAUUUGUAUGAUGAGAAUGGAAGACGUUAUCUUGAUGCUUUUGCUGGAAUAGUUACUGUUUCAUGCGGUCAUUGUCAUCCUGUGGUGUUGGAUGCCAUCACGGAGCAAAGCAAGCUUCUCCAACAUGCUACAACCAUAUAUCUACAUCAUGCGAUCGGCGAUUUUGCGGAGGCAUUGGCAUCUAAGAUGCCAGGAAACCUAAAGGUAGUAUAUUUCGUAAAUUCAGGGACAGAAGCAAAUGAAUUAGCGAUGCUGAUGGCACGACUGUACAGUGGUAACCUAAAUAUGAUUGCCUUGAGGAAUGCAUAUCAUGGCGGAAGCGCUAACACAAUUGGGCUAACUGCUCUUAACACAUGGAAGUACCCUAUUCCACAGGGUGAAAUCCAUCACGUUCUGAAUCCUAACCCAUAUCGUGGAGUAUUCGGAUCUGACGCUAAACGAUAUGCUGAAGAGGUACAGGAUCACAUUGAUCAUGGUACUUCAGGAAAGGUUGCUGGUUUUAUUGCUGAGACAAUUCAGGGGGUUGGAGGAGCAGUUGAACUAGCCCCUGGAUACUUGAAGUUGGUUUAUGACAUUGUUCGCAAAGCAGGAGGUGUUUGUAUUGCUGAUGAAGUUCAAACAGGCUUUGGUCGCACAGGGAGCGACUACUGGGGUUUCCAGACACAGGGUGUGAUCCCUGAUAUAGUUACAAUGGCAAAGGGUAUUGGAAAUGGUUUGCCACUUGGAGCUGUUGUUACAACUCCAGAAAUUGCAAGUGUUAUGGCUCAAAAGAUACAAUUUAAUACAUAUGGGGGGAACCCUGUUUGCUCUGCUGGUGGACAUGCAGUACUCAGAGUUAUUGAUAAGGAACAACGUCAAAAGCAUUGUGCUGAGGUCGGCUCACACUUGAUUGGGCGGCUGAGGGAUCUACAGAAAAGACACGACAUAAUUGGAGAUGUGAGAGGCAGGGGUUUAAUGGUUGGGAUCGAACUCGUAACUGACAGAAAAGAAAAGACACCUGCCAAGGCAGAAACUGGAGUUCUCUUUGAGAAGCUUAGAGAACUAGGUGUUCUUGUAGGGAAAGGCGGUUUACAUGGAAAUGUUUUCAGAAUAAAGCCUCCCAUGUGUUUUGGCAAGGAUGAUGCAGACUUCCUAGUUGAUGCAUUGGACUAUUCAAUUUCGAAGUUGUGAAAAUCUCUCAAGAGUAGCCAGAACAUGUAUGGUUUUGAGCAAUUAAACUUGUUUUUUGUGCAGACUUCCUAGUUGAUGCAUUGGACUAUUCAAUUUCAAAGUUGUGAAAAUCUCUCAAGAGUAGCCAGAACAGAUUGUUGUGAAUUGCUCAGUUGAUUCUCCUUCAACCAAAGGACACAGCUUAUUUUCCAGUACAAUAACUAUGUAAAAGAAAGCAAGAAAUUCCUGCUAUUUUAUUCCUCACACUGUUCUACAAAAUAGAGAGGGAAGUUUGGAGGGAACAGAGGAUUAAAAUUUGCAUGGAUGCACAAUGUGGUUGACUAUUUCAGUUUAAUUAUAGUUGAAAUAAUUAGUUUCGAUGGUUGAAUGUACACUUGAACAAUAUUCUGGCUCUCUCAAAUUGUCAACUUAGUAUGUUUUGUUA